UGUUCCCGCCUCUGGCGUGGCUCACCCUCCGCGCGUCUAAUCUUGCCAGCGGGACGUAACGUUAGCGCGUUUUUCAGCUCUUUGCUUGUGGGAUAAGGAUGUUUUAUGGGGGACAAAGUUUGUUAGACGCUUCAGCUUUGCCCUUUGCGUUCUCAGGCACGGUGGAGCUUAUUGAAGCCGAAAAAAAGAGCUGAAUGGUAUUUUGUGUGAGCAGAGGCAAGAGGAGUCCAGACGCGGGGAAGAGGCUACAGAGGCAGGAACUAAGAUGAGUCCGAAAAUUACAACAGAGCUACUGAAGCAACUGCGACAGGUGAUGAAGAGUCCAAAGUAUGUCCAGGAGCCUGUCCAGGCCUACAUAGUGCCCUCGGGAGAUGCCCACCAGAGUGAGUACAUUGCACCCUGUGAUUGCAGACGGGCAUUCAUCUCUGGAUUUGAUGGCUCUGCAGGUACUGCUAUUGUAACUGAACAGCAUGCAGCCAUGUGGACGGAUGGACGCUACUUCCUGCAAGCUGCGCAUCAGAUGGAUAACAACUGGACGCUCAUGAAAAUGGGUCUGAAAGAUACGCCGACUCAGGAGGAUUGGCUAGUGAGCAUCCUCCCAGAAGGCUCGAAGGUGGGAGUGGACCCUUUCAUUAUUCCAGCUGACCAGUGGAAGAGGAUGUCCAAAGCCCUGAAAAGCGCUGGCCACGAUCUUGUGCCUGUCAAAGAAAACCUGAUCGAUGCAAUCUGGGCAGACUGUCCCCAGCGCCCCUGCAAGCCUCUCAUCACGUUGGACCUGGGUUACACAGGGGUCAGCUGGAGAGACAAAAUCGUAGCCCUCCGUUCAAAAAUGGCUGAGAGGAAAGUCCCGUGGUUUGUGGUAACAGCCUUGGAUGAAGUAGCCUGGCUCUUCAACCUCCGAGGCUCUGAUGUUGAGUACAAUCCUGUAUUUUUUGCAUAUGCCAUCAUUGGAAUGAGCACAAUCAGGCUCUUCAUUGAUGGUGACCGGGUGAUGGACCCAGCCGUGAGGGAACACUUACAGCUUGACUCCAGUCUGGAGCCCGAGUUUAAAAUCCAGGUGGUGCCCUACGGAUCAAUCCUGACAGAGCUGCAGGCUGUUGGCACAGGCCUUUCACUCAAGGAGAAAGUAUGGCUCAGUGACAAAGCCAGCUAUGCUCUGACUGAGGCUAUCCCCAAGGCUUACCGAUACCUCACCCCAUAUACCCCCAUCUGUAUUGCAAAAGCUGUGAAGAAUGCAUCAGAAACAGACGGCAUGAGAAGAGCACAUAUCAAAGAUGCUGUUGCCCUAUGUGAGCUCUUUAACUGGCUGGAGAAGGAGGUUCCAAAGGGAACAGUGACAGAAAUAAUUGCUGCAGACAAAGCAGAGGAGUUUCGCAGCCAACAGGAAGACUUUGUUGAAUUGAGUUUUGCUACCAUAUCAAGCACAGGUCCAAAUGGAGCCAUCAUUCACUACAAGCCAGUUCCUGAGACCAACAGAACCCUGUCUGUGAAUGAAAUCUACCUCCUGGACUCGGGAGCGCAGUACAAAGAUGGCACAACAGAUGUGACCAGGACAAUGCAUUUUGGCACGCCGUCAGCCUAUGAAAAGGAAUGCUUCACAUAUGUCCUAAAGGGGCAUAUAGCUGUGAGUGCGGCCAUCUUCCCAAAUGGAACCAAAGGUCACCUUCUAGACUCCUUUGCCCGCUCUGCCUUGUGGGACUGUGGUUUGGAUUACCUGCACGGAACAGGACAUGGAGUUGGCUCUUUCCUAAACGUACAUGAGGGUCCUUGUGGCAUUAGCUACAAAACCUUUGCAGACGAGCCCCUGGAGGCUGGCAUGAUUGUCUCUGAUGAACCUGGCUAUUAUGAAGAUGGGUCUUUUGGGAUCCGAAUAGAAAAUGUCGUCCUUGUGAUCCCUGCUGAAACCAAGUAUAAUUUCAAAAACAGAGGGAGCCUGACUUUUGAACCUUUAACCCUCGUUCCAAUCCAGACGAAAAUGAUUGAUGUAAACUUGCUUACACAAAAAGAGUGUAACUGGGUGAAUGACUACCACCAGAAAUGCAGGGAAGUAAUUGGAGCAGAAUUGGAGAGGCAAGGCCGACACGAAGCUCUUCAGUGGCUGGUUCGGGAGACGGAGCCCCUCAAAGUUCAGUAGCGUCGCGGUCAUCUCCAGUGAAACAUUCGGGCCACGUGGUGUUGUAAUGAUCUCAGUGCCACUGGGAGAACAUUCUUGAAUAAGUUUUUGAAAUCAGGAGAGGGAUUUCCUUUAGUUUCUCCCCCUAUCCUUGUGUGGAAGUAAGGAGGGUUCCUGUCUGAACACUUUUUUUUUUGGGGGGGGGGGGGAAGGGAAGGGAAAUAGAAAACAUACAAAAUAAAGAAGCAUAUUGCCUUUGAAACGGGUGUCUUAUUGAAAUAAUGACGCUAAGAGACAAUACUGGAAUAUUUUAUACUGUCUGAUUUUUUUCACUGUGAAAACUCAGUAUUUUUACAUACUUGGGUUCCAGUUGCUCAUAUGCUACCCACGCAGCAGGGCUGAUCACUGAAUAAAAGUUUCCAACCCCUUA